AUAAAAUGAAUUUUAUUUUUCAAGACUAAAAAAAAUUCAAAUUCAAAAUAAAAUGUGGAUUAGCUAAAUAAUUAACAAGGAGUUAAAAAUAAAAAAUUAUAAAAAUGACGAGGACCGAGUCACCUUUAAGUAUGGAAGCCGUAGCGACUUGGCUUCCACAAAUUAAUGCAGCUAAUCAUACAAUCAUUGACGGAGAAAUAUCAAGAUUUCCAAAGCCACUAAGAACUUUCGCAGCAGUAGCAGCUAUUUUAAUAAUGAUAACAGGUUUAAUUGGAAACCUUUUAACUAUAAUUGCAUUAUGUAAAUAUCCAAAAGUGCGCAAUGUUGCUGCCGCAUUUAUCAUCAGUCUCUGUGUAGCAGAUUUUAUAUUUUGUGUCCUAGUAUUACCCUUCGACUCGAUACGAUUUGUCAACAGUGGCUGGACUGAUGUAAGAUUUUUAUGUGUGCUAGUGCCUUUUUUGAGAUACGGAAAUGUCGGCGUCAGUCUACUUUGUGUUGCCGCAAUAACAGUUAAUCGAUAUAUCAUGAUAACACAUCAUAGUCUUUAUAGUAGAGUCUAUAAAAAGCAUUGGAUUGCUAUUAUGAUUGCUUUCUGUUAUAUAUUUUCUUAUGGAAUGCAAGUUCCCACUUUGAUCGGUGCUUGGGGAAAAUUUGAUUACGAUUCAAAUUUGGAAACAUGUUCAAUAAUUAAAGAUUCAAAAGGUCGAAGUUCGAAAACAUUUCUCUUUGUUACUGGAUUUAUAAUACCUUGUAUUGUUAUUGUUGGAUGCUAUGCCAAAAUAUUUUGGGUUGUUCACAGUUCGGAAUCAAGAAUGCGUAAGCAUGCGAGUCCGACGAUUAAGUCGCCUCAUACCCCAGGACGUGACACGAGGGAGAUAAAGCAAAAGCGAAGCGAAUGGAGGAUAACAAAAAUGGUAUUAGCUAUUUUUCUGAGCUUCGUUGCUUGUUAUUUACCAAUCACUAUCGUUAAAGUAACCGAUCCAGAAGUUAGAUAUCCAGGCCUCCACGUUAUGGGAUAUUUAUUGUUAUACUUUGCAUCAUGUGUCAAUCCAAUAAUCUACGUGAUAAUGAACAAACAAUACAGACAAGCGUACGCAGGUGUAAUAAGCUGUUCAAAAAUUAGAGCGAGUCUAACACCCCACGGGAGCAGCAAUCCAGGACAAAAUAAUUAUGGCCAAGAUUAUUCCAAGGAUUACAGCAAGACUAUGGUGUCAACAGUUUCCAUGGCUAUGAAUCCUGUAGUAAGAAAAUCAGAGCUUCCGGAUGAUUAUCUAUGAUAAUUAAAAUCCUUUGAAAAAUAAUAUAAUUAUUAUAAAUAUAAUUUUUUAUACUCAAACUCUACUCAGCCAUUAAAUUAAGUAUUAUUAAAUUAUUUAUUUGUAGCAAUAAAUACUAGCUAAUUAAUUUAGUUUAAAUAUUUUUUUUAUUGAAAUAAUAAUAAUAUUUAAGUCAAUAAAUUAUUUGAAAAAAAUUAAUAAUUUUAUUCAUUCGUUUUAAAAUACAGUCGGGCCUCGUUAUAAGACUAGUUCGAGACUAGAGGAGAAAAAGUUUUUAGAAUUGAGGUUCCCCCACUAUCAUAACUUAACAGUUUUUACGUGCGAGCCUCGCUAUAAGACUGCCGUUUUACGGUUUAUUUAGGAAUUCGUUUCAACUCUACUCUAUUAUAUAUAUUUAUAAAUAAACAGAAUUUUGUCAUUCUCUUCUCUUGUUUUAUUUUUAUUUAUUUACAUUUUUAAGUAUUCUUUAUGAAAGUAAAUUACUUAAUUUACAAUUUAUAUGUAUGUACAUUUGACCUCGAUUUUAGUUGUAUUGUUUGUUAGUCUUAUAGUGAGAUUUCGGCGCAAAAUUUUCAUAGAGUUGAUGGGGAAAGCGUUCCGAGCGAAUUUUAACAAAUUGAAGGGAAGAGUCUUAUAAUGCGUAGUCUUAUAACGAGGUCUGACUGUAUAAUUAUUUAAACGGGUUAAUAAAGCCAAAGAUAUGAUGUAAAUAUAAAUCAGCACCUUUAUUUGAUAAUUAAAAUAUCACAAAGAAACUAUAUUAUUAUUAUUAUUAUUAUAUAUUUAUCAUGUAUUUACAAAGACAUGUCAAAAAUAUUUUAAGAGUAAUUGUGUAUAUACAAACUGACUGAGUGAAUAAUAAAAGUAAAUAAAUAUA